UAUAAUUUAUUUAGGGAUCUUAGAAUUUAUUAAUAAUAUAUUGACGAACGGGUUUGUGCCUUCGUUAUACUUAGAUCAAAAAGAGAAUUUAGAAAUGGUCCAGCGUUUUAAAGAUAUAAAUAUAAACACAUCGAGUGAAAUUACAACGGACAUGUUUUUAAAAAAUUGUCUAAACAAUCUUCAUAUUGUGCUAUUAAUGUCACCUGGGAACAACCUUAGACUUAUAUUUCGAAAUUACCCCGGUUUCGUGAAUAAAACGUAUGUUGACUGGAUUAAUAAAUGGCCUGUGGAGGCGUUAAAUGCAGUGGUGGAAAAAGUUUUGAUAAACGUAGGAUAUUUUUAACUAUUUUUUCUAUAUGAGUACAAAAGGGAUGUCGGUUUUUUAGUUAUACGCCUGUAGGUGUUUUUGUGCACUUAAUAUG